AUGAGUGGAUCGUUUUAUAAAUCCAAAUAUAGUGAUUUGGGGUCUCAGGAUGAGGACAACCACUUUAUCUGUGACGAGAUGCAGACGAUCGGAGUGGCUGAUGGUGUCAGCGGUUGGGGAAUGCGUGGCGUCGAUGCUGGAAUAUACGCGAGGCAACUCAUAAACAACUCUCUUCUUGCUACCCUCACUAAGACUCAUCCAAUCGAUCCGAUGAAGGUCUUGGAUGAGGCCUUCGCUAAGAUGAAAGCCGUAGGGUGUUCAAGGGCUUGUAUCAUAAGUCUCCACAAGGACAAGAUGUUGCAUGCUGUGAAAAUGGGAGAUAGCGGGUUUAUGGUGAUCGGACAAGGUGCAGCCAUAUACAGAUCCCUAGUAAUCAAGGUUGUAGUACAAGCAGGGGAUGUUAUUGUAGCUGGAACUGAUGGACUGUUUGAUAACUUGUCUGAAAGUCAAAUAUCGGAGACUGCGGUAACAGGCAUCGAACGAGGUUUACAUCCAGAGGACGUAGCUUGGCAAGUGGCGCAAUGA